UACACACAAGUCAACUGCAGUACAUUAUACUUCUAGCUUGAGUAGACAAUCUAUCAAAGCUCCUUCAUAAAUCUCCCACUUUUCUCUCUCUCUCUAUAUCUAUCUAUCCCUCUCUCUCUCUAUAUUAUUUUCAGUGUCUUUUCUCCGAAACAGGUAACUGUUAUACGAGUGUAAUACUGUUCUCUAUAUAUAAAGUCAGUGUGUAACUGUUAUUGUUAUACACGCGAUCAAUAUACAAUACUUUCUGUUUAACCGGAAGGUAUCGAAGAACUUCUAGGCGUUAUGCAUGUCUGGCUCGGUGGCCAUAGCAGAAAACGUCGAACGAACGCUAUCAAUUUCAAACAGAACAAGAUCUCUUGGUUCAGUGUCAUUUCACAAGAAUGACACCACCACUAAUUCUCAAACAAAUGGCGAAACGUCUCGAUCUUCAACAGAAACGAUCGCGGUUAGAUUUGGAGAGCUAAAGCUCGAAAACGGGGAGUUUUACUCCGGUUCGCUACAUGGAAAUGUACCUGAGGGGUCAGGGAAGUACGUUUGGUCAGACGGUUGCACGUAUGAAGGAGAAUGGAGAAGGGGAAUCUGGCAUGGUUACGGAAAGCUUCAUUGGCCGUCAGGGGCUUAUUACGAAGGGGAUUUUUUCGGUGGGUAUAUGCAAGGAACCGGGACGUAUAUUCGCGCUGAUAAGCUAGUUUACAAAGGUCGUUGGCGGUUGAACCGGAAACAUGGGUUGGGUUAUCAAGCUUUUCCGAAUGGGGACGUGUUUGAAGGGUCGUGGAUUCAGGGGUCACCUGACGGGCCGGGUAAGUAUACAUGGGCUAACGGAAAUGAGUAUUUGGGUCAUAUGAAAGGCGGGAAAAUGUCGGGUAAAGGCAUUUUCACUUGGACUAAUGGCGAUUCAUACGAAGGUAGUUGGUCUAACGGAGUUAUGCAUGGUUUUGGUGCUUAUACAUGGAGUGACGGCGGUCGUUAUGUCGGGACAUGGACGUUAGGGUUAAAAGACGGAAAAGGGGCGUUUUAUCCGAGCGGGUGUCGGUUGCCCGCUCGACAAGAACUAUACCUUAAAGCUUUGAGAAAACGAGGUUUGUUGUCCGACUUGCAAAAAGUCAAACAAGUUUCGCGUAUUCAACAUGCUUCUUCGAUCGAUAUGGGACUGUUUAAAAUCGGUAGUCGAUCGUCUCAUCGUAACACGUCUGAUAAGUUUACAAAAGAUAACUUCUUGAACUUGGAUCAAAAUAGAAACAACAAUGCCUCUCUAGAAAGACGAUGGAGUCUAGAGGUCGCUAUCGAAAACGUUAUGGGACAUGAUUUGGCUUCGGUUAUGUCCGAUCCUGUUGGGGAGAAUGAUAACAAGACUCCGAUUCUUGAACGAGAAUAUAUGCAAGGGAUUUUAAUCAGCGAGCUUGUGGUCGAUAGUCGUUUUUCAUCGGGAUCUAAACGAGAAAUGAAACGACAGAAGAAACGUGUGAAGGAAGUUAAGAGGCCCGGAGAAGCCAUAAUUAAAGGUCACAGGAGUUAUGAUCUAAUGCUUAGUUUACAACUUGGGAUCAGGUAUACUGUUGGAAAAAUAACACCAGUUCAAAAGCGAGAAGUACGCGGAUCGGAUUUUGGCCCGAGAGCUAGCUUCUGGAUGCAAUUUCCUAAAGCGGGAUCUCAACUAACGCCUACACAUCAGUCAGAGGAUUUUAAGUGGAAAGACUACUGUCCAAUGGUUUUCAGGAACUUGAGAGAAAUGUUUAAGAUUGAUGCUGCUGACUACAUGAUGUCUAUAUGCGGCAACGAUGCUCUUAGAGAACUAUCAUCUCCCGGGAAAAGUGGCAGCGUGUUUUUUCUGUCGCAAGAUGAUCGUUUCAUGAUUAAGACUUUGAGGAAAUCUGAAGUACAGGUCCUUCUGCGGAUGCUUCCGGACUAUCACCGUCACGUGAAGACAUACGAAAACACACUCAUAACUAAGUUUUUCGGUCUUCACAGGAUAAAACCAUCAAGUGGUCAAAAGUUCCGGUUUGUUGUAAUGGGAAAUAUGUUCUGCACAGAAUUAAGAAUCCAUCGAAGAUAUGAUCUGAAAGGUUCCUCUCUUGGGCGAUCCGCAGACAAGGUUGAAAUAGAUGAAAACACGAUACUCAAAGAUCUUGAUAUAAACUAUUGCUUUUAUCUAGAACCUUCUUGGCGUGGUGCUCUGCUAAAUCAAAUCGAAAUCGAUAGCAACUUUCUAGAAGCUCAGAAUAUUAUGGAUUACAGUCUUUUGCUCGGUGUUCAUUAUCGAGCCCCUCAGCACUUGAAAUCUUUGAUGUCUUUCAACCAAAGUGUAACAGCAGAUGGACUCGGAAUCGUUGCAGAAGAAGAAUCUAUGGAGGAUGAGAUAUCACCUCAAGGACUUGUUUUAGUGCCACGUGGAUCUGAAGAUGGUAGUGUUGUUGUGGGCCCGCAUAUACGAGGAAGCCGUUUGAGAUCAUCAGCUACUGGUGAUGCGGAAGUGGAUCUCCUUCUCCCUGGAACAGCAAGGUUACAAAUACAGUUAGGAGUGAACAUGCCAGCAAGAGCAGAGCUUCUUCCAGGCAAAGAAGAAAAACAAAUGUUUCAUGAGGUAUAUGACGUCGUAUUAUACCUGGGUAUCAUUGACAUAUUACAAGAAUACAAUAUAACAAAGAAGAUUGAACAUAAAUACAAAUCUUUUCAAUUUGAUUCUCUAUCGAUAUCGGCCGUGGACCCCACAUUUUACUCGCGACGCUUUCUUGAGUUUAUCCAGAAAGUAUUCCCUCAAAAUGGUGCAUCGAACUAAAACCGUUCUACAUUGCAACAAUCUUGUACUGAGGUAAGUAGAGUGUCGAAAAUGCAAUGCAAGGUACAGAAAGUGAAUACUGUGAAUUUUGUUUGACAUUUGGUUCUUAGAUCUUUUUAUUGCAUACAUAUUGUUCUUUCAACUUUUCCAUGAAUACUUAUUUGGGACAAAGUAAUCAUCCAUCCUAAUAGGUAAUGCUAAGAUUUUUUAUUAUUUUUA